GUCGCGGCGCGCGGCGAGGUGGCUGUAGUGCGUGUAGCGUGUAGUAGUGCGAUGACGUCUAGAGGUGGCCAAAGGCUAGCCAGCGUCGUGGCGCUUUGUGCUCUACUGCUGGUUCUCGUUUUGUUGGCGGCGCUAUUGUUCGCUGCGCACCUUGGAUUUUUCGAGACAAGAUACCAGAAUCCAUACCCCGAGAACGCCGAUACGCCGUCCCUGCAGCUGCAGCAGGUAGAGCUGGUGACACCGGUCAAGACGUCGCCUCCGCCUCCGCACGAACACGACCUCCUCUACGAGCGUCCGCCGCCCGGACCCCAGCCUCCGGGAGAGCCUGUACCGCUGCUGAGGCACCACUCUGGUCAUUUCCGUCACAAGAUGGCCACCAUCUGGGAUCCUCACCCCCAGUAUGAGUUCACCGCCUUUGGACGACACUUUCGACUUUUGCUUGCUCACGACUCACGCUUCGUUCUACCUGAUAUCAAGGUGACACACGUGUGGGAGAACACCUCCAAGCUGGAACACCUCGGUCUGAGAGCUGACGGCUGCUUCUACUCAGGAAAGGUGCAAGGAGACCCGCUGUCUUCGGUGGCAGUCAGUCUCUGUCAUGGAAUGACUGGCCACAUCAGGACGUCCAAUGGCAGUUUCUUCAUAGAGCCAGCAGAAGAGUGGCAAGACCACAACACGGUGCCGGUCCACAGAUUCUACAGGGUCCCUCCCACAAGCUUCCCGUUGGUUCCCGCCCACCAUGAUGACAUAGACACUGACAGCAUGGAAGGCGACUACCCAGAGGACCGAAGACGACGAAGGAAGCGCUCGCCCGUGGGUCAGCAGGAGUACAACAUAGAGAUCAUGGUGGUGGCCGACCGUAGGAUGGCGGAGUAUCAUGGGGCGAAUUUCACCAACUACGUGCUCACCCUCAUGGCUACGGUACAUGGGAUAUACAAGGACGCCAGCAUAGGCAACCCUAUCAACAUAGCAGUGGUGAAGCUGUUCGUGCUGCAGGAUGUGGAGUUCGCCACCAGACACCAUGGAGAUGCAGGUAUCAGCGCCAGUGAGAUGCUGAGGAAGUUCUGCGCCUGGCAACAGAAACACAACGACCCAAACGACGACAGCAAGAACCACCACGACUCAGCACUGCUGCUCACCAGAGAAAACAUCUGCCGCAACCCCAACAGUAACAACGCCAAGUGUGAGACGCUCGGCCUGGCUGAGCUUGGUACCAUGUGUGACAAGUCUUCUAGCUGUGCUGUGGUGCAGGACAACGGACUAUCUGCAGCAUACACCAUUGCCCAUGAACUUGGCCAUGUGUUGAACAUGCCCCACGACGACGACGUCAAGUGUGAGCCAUACAGAAGGGGCCAUGUACAGCACAAGGUUAUGUCUCGCAUGUUAGACCACAACACCGACCCUUAUGCUUGGUCUGAGUGCAGCAGGCAUUUCCUGACAGAAUAUCUCGAAGGAGGCUACGGAGAGUGUCUGCUAGACAGACCAGGGACCAAUCAGCUGGGUGACCCGAGCACUCGCAAACAGCCUGGGCAAGACUUCUCAGAGGACAGACAGUGUGAACUAGUCUAUGGCACGGGGUCCAAGAUAUGCUCAUACAUGCCGAUCUGCAAGCCUCUGUGGUGCACUACUGAUGUGGGGGAAGAGGAGGGAUGUCGCACCCAGCACAUGCCAUGGGCCGAUGGCACUCCCUGUGGGGUACACCAGUGGUGCCAGCGGGGGGAGUGUGUGCCUCAUGACCCGAUGGCACUCAAACCCAUCAACGGGGGAUGGGGCGAUUGGCAGGGGUGGGGAGAAUGUUCCCGCUCGUGUGGUGGGGGUGUGAAACAAGCGUUCAGAGACUGCAACAGCCCGGCUCCUGCCAAUGGGGGAAAGUAUUGCAUCGGCAGAAGAGUCAAAUACAAGUCCUGUAACCAUCAUGAGUGUCCUCUCGGCAGCCAGGACUUCAGAGAAGAGCAGUGUGCCGCUCACAACUACAACAACCUCAACAUUCCAGGAGUUCCAAAAGAUGUCAAGUGGGUUCCUAAAUAUGGUGGAAUUGGACCAGCAGACAGAUGCAAGUUGUAUUGCCGUGUGGCUCACUCUAGUGCCUACUAUCUUCUUAAGGAAAAGGUCAUUGAUGGAACAGUCUGUAGUCCAGACACUUACGAUAUCUGUGUUAACGGCAUCUGCAGAGCAGCUGGCUGCGAUCAUGUCCUGGGCUCCAACAAAGAGUUAGAUUACUGUAUGGAGUGUGGAGGGAACAACUCAAGCUGUCAGUUGGUAUCUGGCAGUUACAACACAUCUCAGUACGGAUAUACCAGGGUUGUCCGGAUACCCGCUGGAUCAUCCAACUUGGACGUGAGGCAACACGGCUUCCGAGGAUCUUACAAGGAUGACAACUACCUAGCACUGAUGGACGGAGAGACGGGAGAGUACAUUCUCAACGGCAACUCCAUAGUCAGUAUGUUCCGCAAGGUGAUUCUCUACGGGGGCACCACAUUGGAGUACUCUGGCUCUGACUCUGUGGUGGAGAGGGUCAACUCCUCCAGACCCCUCAGUAAGGAUCUGCUUAUUGAGGUGUUGUCAGUGGGGAAUCUGUACCCACCAGAUAUCAAGUACAGUUACACAGUACAGCGCACCUCCUUGGCUCAAUACUCCUGGAGAGUGUCGGAACAGUGGAGUGUAUGCGAUAAGGUCUGCAAUGGAGAGAUGCGACGGCUUCUGGUCUGUGUGAAGGUAGAGAGUGGACAAGAAGUGUCGUCUGACAUGUGUAAUGGGAUUGACAAGCCUGAGCCUCCUGCAAAGCCUUGCAACAAUCAUUGUGUUCUCAGGUGGCAGAUCAGCAGGUCUGAGUGUUCCUCACAUUGUGGUGAAGGAGUGAGGGUGUUGAUGGUACAGUGUGUACAGCAGUUCCCUGACAACAAGGUGUCGUCUGUACACAACUCCUCAUGUGCACACCUCGCGCUGCCACCAACCCACGAGCCCUGUGUGGGCCCUUGCGACCACGCACACUGGCGUUUCCACGACUGGUCUCCGUGCUCAAAAUCAUGUGGUUCUGGAAUUCAGAGGAGAGACGCAGAUUGUGUCAAUGAUAUGAACGAAUUAAUGGAAGAGAAAGAAUGUCGAGAAAGUGAACGAAUUGUCGAGAGAAGCUGUAAUACUCAGAAGUGCCCCCACUGGGCAGUCGGGGAAUGGGCUCCUUGCAGUGUGACGUGUGGCACUGGGGAGCGUGUACGGCCGUACUGGUGUCAGCUGGGCAAUCAGCUGGUGACAGCACCGGACGUGUGUGGACGAGACAUUCCCCACCACAAGGAGGCCUGUCGGAAGGAGGACUGUGCGUCUUGGGUCGUUGGUGACUGGUCUCCCUGUUCCGUGACGUGCGGCGUAGGCAUGGCCACUCGCUCAGUGAUGUGCAGCAUCCAAGGACAGUGUUCCUCAAGCUCCAAGCCUGCAGUAACAGACACCUGCAUACUCCACCCUUGCAGUCUGCAGCAUGAGAACGCCAUCAACAGCAUCGACUAUCACAGAUACAUCUGGCGCACUGAGGACUGGCAACCGUGCUCAGUGACGUGUGGGGAAGGUAUGAAGCGACGGUCACUGGUGUGUUAUGACGAGGUGGCACGCAAGGUGACAGAUAGCAACUACUGCACACACCUGGAGCAGCCCAGCACAGAGAGUGGUUGUAUGGAACAUGCCUGUGCCUCGUGGCGAGUCGGAGAGUGGGGGCCUUGCUCUGCUACGUGUGGCCAGGGAGUGGAGAGCCGAGCAGUAGCGUGUAUGACAGACAGCAGAGAGGUUGAUCCUCGAGAGUGUACAUCUUCUAGACCCGAGGACCAGAGAGCUUGUCUCACACAAUGCCAAGACAAACCACCAAACACCUUCAAGUGGAGGACAGGCGCUUGGACUGAAUGCUCGGAGGAGUGUGGAGGAGGCAAGAGGACGAGGAUGGUUGUGUGCCAAGACGAGGCAGGAGUGAUCACCUCAGAUGUGACUCAAUGUAGAGAUGCCAAGCCUGUGUCCAGCAUCACCUGCAACACCCAGCCAUGUAACCAUGACGCCGGCUGGAUAUUUGGAGCUUGGUCUGAGUGUAACCAGACGUGUGGAGGAGGCUACCAACAUAGACAAGUCCGCUGUCAGAGUGUCCGAGGUACUUUACUGUCCGACAUGUCAUGUCCUGCAGCUCAGAAACCACCUCAUGUACAGGAAUGCAACACUAGACCAUGUCCUGCAGUUCAACAACAGUACCAUUACAGGUGGCGCUCUCAAGAUUGGAGUCCGUGUUCCCGAUCUUGCGGGAAAGGCGUUAGACGACGGAAAGUGUCUUGUGUGGAGCGAUUGUCAGGAAAACUGGUGAGCCCAAUUCACUGUUCGGCUGUCCAGAAACCCAAGGUGACGGACAACUGCAAACUCUCACCUUGUCCUCUUCAGUGGAUCACCAGCGACUGGUCACAGUGUUCGGUUACCUGUGGGCAUGGAACACAGCAGCGCAGUGUAGCUUGUCAACGGGUCAAUCAGCUGGAGUGGGUGGACCCAGACCCGGUAUCACCCAGCUUGUGUGACCAGAGCACCCGACCCAACACAUCCCGAGCUUGUCACCCGAGCAGCUGUUACGCUACUUACAGUUGGGUGCCUGGACCAUGGCAACAGUGUACACACCCUUGUGGAAAGAAAGGAAGGCAAAUAAGGAGACUUUUCUGCUACCACAAAACUGGCAAGAAGGUCAAUAAGAGGAACUGUCCUAGGGAACUGCGCCCGCAACGGAAACGGAAAUGCAACCAGAAAAAGUGUGGAUUCACUUCAUGCAAGGAUGUGCAGCAGAAGACAGGCCAGAGAAGAGACAAGGAAUACACCAUGUCAGUGGCUGGUAGGAAUCUGUCCAUCUUCUGUUACGGGAUGAACACAGUCGCUCCUGUGGAGUUCCUCACCCUUCCUACAGGAGAGAGGGAGAAUUACGCUGAGUAUUAUGGGAACAGCCUACGAAAUCCAGACGUGUGUCCCUACGGAGGCCAGAGGAAGGAGCCUUGUCCAUGCAUCAGUGAUCUGGAUGGCAGAGCAGGACUGACCACCUUCUCAAAAAUCAGACUAAACAUCACAUCUCUUAAAAUUAUUAGUAAUGACUGGACUUUCUCCAAGCAAGUGAAGGGUGCGAGGGUGGAGUACGGAGUGGCGGGGGACUGCUACUCCAGGGCCAGAUGUCCUCAGGGGAGGUUCAGCAUCAACCUGAGUGGUACAGGGCUGCGAGUGUCACCUCACACUCAGUGGAGGGGUCAGGGCCACUAUGCCUCACAUCAGAUCAACAAACUUGAGGACAACCGCAAGGUGAUGGGCAAGUGUGGAGGCUACUGUGGCACCUGCAGUCCAGAGUUUGGUCUGAAGCUAGACAUUCUGCCACCAUAGUAGAGGAGCGGCAGUGGUGCCACUACCACAGAUGUAACACAGCCAGGGCCGCCAACCUCGGCCACCGAUCUCAGCCAGCCACCGAGGCCCAUUACUAGUAACUUAUUGUAGAUGUCGAGUCACCAGACCCCCCUUGUACAUAUUGUAUAGUGCCAUCGGAUGUAAACAAGUGUACAGUAGUCGUAGGAUUGGUUCUUUGAAGGAAAAGAUCUGUAUUUAUUUAUACGUCAUAGCUAUAAUAUAUAUUGAAUUAUUUAUAUUUUAUUGUGUAUUAAGUUAUCUAAAUUGUAACAAUUUUAUUUUUUAUAACGUGUAUUUUGAGUCUAAAUUAUUUGUUUAGGUUAUUUAUAUUCACAGAGAGUUUAGAAUAAGUAUGAACUCAUAACUCAAGCUCUGCUGCAAUGUUUUAGAUUUGUAAAUAACUGAGUACUGUUUAAGUAGUGUCGAUAAACUCUAAAUGCAAUAUAUUAUGCAGUAGGACCAAUGAUAAAACCAUAUUUGGAUAUCUUGGUUAUAUUAAUUUAAAAUAAUAAUUCUUCUUCAAAUUACACAACUGGAACCUGGUUAUAUUCUUCUUCAUAAUUGAAGAUUUUCAACACUUAAGAUUAUCAUUCUGAGUAUUUCAGUUUUCCAGUAGCCUACUCCUAAUUUUUUUAAACCCACAAGUACACCACCACUUUCACAAAACAUAAGUGUGCUAGAUCAGCCUAAAAACUAGUUAUUUGAAGGGGUGCUCAAAUAUUUUAAAAUUCAGUUGAAAAAAUAUUUUUAUAUUUAAGUCUGAUUGGAUAUUUAAUUAUUUAUGAAUCUAGUCAAAGUUUAAAAUUGUUAAUAAACCCAGGAAUAAGCCCCUAUAGACUGCAAACUAAAUAAUAUGUGUUUUGUGGUUUUACUUCAUCUUUGAACCUGGAUUUUAAAAUUUUUUCCUAAUUUAUUAUUGAACAACUUUUGGAGUAUAUAAUAAUAACAUAAGUAUUUGCUCUACAAUAUUCAGUAUUCAAAAUUGCGUGAAGUAUUCAAUUUGAAUUAAUACAACCCCAAAUUCACUAUCUGCACACCCCUAACUAUGUCCAAAACCCUAUGGCCUAAUACUUAAUUCAAGUGGAUAUUAUGUACAACUUAAACUUUAAAAAUAUCAUAAACUAUGUUUAUCUUUAUCUUUCUGUGUUUUUGUAAACUUAAGCACUCUCUAAUAAUUACUUGAGGUUAUUCAUGUGGACUUCAACAUGGAAAUUUAUGCAGUGUACUCGUUCACUUAGUUAACAAGAUAAUGCAGUUACCAACAAUGUUUUCACGAAGGUUAACAGUCACUUGUAUACUGUAAUUUCCACCAUGUUUUACUAUGAAUGUAUGGAGCAGAUGUAUUGAUGUACCAAUGUAUUGAGCAGAGGCAGAUAAUCAGUAUUAUAAAUCUUUGUGUUCAAUGUAGAUGUGCUAAGCUGAAUGUGAUGUGUUUAAAUGUUGUAGUAUGUAGUAGACGGUGCACCAGAGCCCACCGAACUACUUAUGUGCCUCUCAUUUCCUAUUGUUCCGUUGAUGGCUACAAAACAGUAGUAUGAGCGGAAACUGUGUUAGAGAUAUUUAGUAGUUAACAACUUCCGUGUUAGGAAGUUUAAAAUCAUACAAGGUUUUAUUUUUCCUAUCUUGAAAAUUGAUAUUAACUGUAUUUUUUAAAUGGUGAUUUCGGAAAAAUCUUGUUAUGAAAUUUAACAAGUCUUGUAUUUUAUUGUGCAUUAAAUUAUGUUAAAGUUCUUAAACCAUUGAAGAAAAAAGGGGUUCUAAUUUUAUUUUACAGCAAUUGAAUAAAAAUAAGUUUAUUAUCUUCUGAAUUUUUUUUAUUUCACUACAAAAUUACUGUUGGUGUAGACUUAAACACUGUUUUGGCUUGUAAGCUAUUUAAGCCCUAUACCCUUCUCAGGGUGAAGACAAACAGUGUUAUAAAUGUUGAUUAAAAAUGUUAUCUAAAUAAAACAAAAAAAAUGUGUGUAUUAGUUUUUUUUUAUAUAUAAACUAUUGAUCAAUUUGUCAUGAACCAAAUAGAAUUAACUGAACUGUUUGUUUCCUUUUACUACUGUUGGGCCAUCAUUAUCCUGUUUGUCCUGCAAGUGACGGACUAAACUGACUAUCAAUGGAAAGGUAUCUGACCGGAGUUACCAGCGUCAUGGAGAGCAAUUCACUGCCAACAUGUGGAGAGCCCAACACUUCACUGCCAAAUAUUCUCUCAUUGUUGUAUAAUGAUUUUGUAUACAUUUUUAUACUGUAAUUUGUAAAAUAAAAUAACAAAGUGUAUUUUUACUGUAAA